AUGGUGAUGAUUGCAAAUGAUGGUUGCACGAUGAAUUUGGUAAUUGGCGGUAGUGAUAGUUAUGGUUGGCCUGAUAAUGGUGGUUGUGGAAGAGAAUGGAACACUAGUAAAUUUGCAAAAGAUGUGACAGGAAAAGAAGUUGCACGCAUAAUGCUUUCUUAUACCUUUUGGAAUCAUGUUGUGCAUGCUCUCAACGUUGGUGGUCCCUUGAUUAAGGUACUUCGUUUGGUGGAUAGGGAGCAAAAACCACCAAUGGGGUACCUUUAUGAAGCAAUGGAUAGGGCUAAGGAAGCUAUUCAAAAAGCAUUUACUGAUGAGUAUAAAUAUGCAAAAAAAAAUAAUUUACUGAAUAAAGAAGUGUGGAAGGGAUUCCAUAAAUGUGUUGCUAAGUUGGUUGUCGAUGAAGACGUCCAAGAUUCCAUAACAGAUGAGAUAAGCACUUAUAAGAGUGCUGAUGGACUUUUUGGAUUACAAACGGCUAUUAGACAAAGAACGAAGAAGUCACCAGUUGAAUGGUGGAGGUUGUAUGGCUUAGAAACUCCAGAAUUACAAAAGUUCACCAUCAAAGUUCUUCAUACUAAGAAAAGGAAUAGACUAACCCUCAAGUGCCUCAAUGACCUAGUGUUCAUAAAAUACAAUAUAACAUUGAGGCGUCGUUACAAUGCUCUCAAUGUGAUUGAUCCGAUUCGUUUGGACAAUAUUGACGAUGCCAAUGAAUGGCUAACUGGAGUUGACUAUGCUGAAGAUGAAGAAAUUUUUGAGGAAAAUUUUGACUUCACUUGGUUUGGUGUUGGGGAGGUAAGUGCGGUUGAGAAAAACCGUUAUGAUUUAAGAGGAAAUACUUCAAGCUCACAUAGGAGGGGAAAAGAAGUAGCUACAAGUCUAUUCCUAGUGGAUGAAGUUGAAAGAGAUAGUGAUACUUGA